AUGACACAUCAGUGACGCAGUGAAAACAGGGCGCCGUGCUGCUGGCGGUGAGUUUAAAGAGUCUCGGUGGGAGAGCAGCGGUGGAUCAGGUUGUUGCUGCUGCAUGUGUACUAUCACACUGUUUGCCCUGAACCAGAGGAGAUGCCAAACGACAGCAUGCCACUGCAGGAUCUGCCCUGCCUGAGUCUUCAGGGCUCCAUGUUGUCUCAGUACAACAGGACCAACAAACGCAAGUCCAGAGCCUUCCUCAGUGAGGGUCUGGACACCGAGUGCACUCCAACAGAGCUCAUCCAGCAGUGGUCACCACCACACAAGCACCAGCGGCUCAUCACCAAGGGAAAAGAGAAUGAUGACAACCAGUUUGUCCUGGCCAGGAGAUCGAGGAGGAGGAAGGAACCCCCGGCAGGGAUAUUAUGGGACAGCCUACCAGAUGAGCUACUUCUCAGGAUCUUCUCCUGCCUCCAUCUGCAGGACCUCCUCAGAAUAUCUGUAGUUUGCAAACGCUGGCAUCGCUUGGUGUUUGAUGAGUCUCUGUGGUACAGCGUGGAUCUGGAGGGGUUGACCCACAUGGGCCCAGCUCUGCAGCAGGUGCUGAAGACUGGAGUCCGCAGGCUGCGCUGCCCUCGCACCUUUGUGGAAGAGCUUCACUUCACGGCCACAGACCCUCUGCAGAUAGUUCAGAUGGAUCUGUCCAGCUCCAUCAUCCCUACUACUGCCCUGGAGAGCAUCAUCUGUCACUGCAGACUGCUGCAGUAUCUGAGCCUGGAGGGUCUGCACCUGUCAGACAACAUUAUCUGCUCUCUGGCCAAAAACCCCAACCUGCUGCAGCUCAACCUGAGUGGCUGUUCUGCCUUCUCUGCUCCAGUUGUGGCUGACAUGCUGAAAUCCUGCUCCAGUAUAGAGCAGCUGAACAUAUCAUGGUGCAGCUUUAACAAUGAUCAUGUGAAGAGUGUUGUAAAUAAUCUUAGUCCCAGUGUUACGCACCUCAACCUCAGCGGCUACAGAGAGAGCCUCACACUGGAUGAUGUGAAGGUGCUGGUGGAGAGAUGCCCCCAGAUUGAAACUCUAGACUUGAGUGACAGCACUCUGCUGAUGGCCGACGUCUUCCCUGUCCUCAAACAACUCCAGUGUCUGCGGCAUCUGUCCCUGAGUCGCUGCUAUCACAUUCACCUUGCUGCUCUCACCGACCUGGGUAAACUGUUCCCUGCGCUGGGCCUGCUGGACGUGUUUGGCCUCGUACAGGACAGCCAGCUGCCCUCACUGAAGAAGGAGAUGCCUCACGUCAGCAUCAACUCGCGGCUGUUCUCUAGCGUUGCCCGGCCUAUGCCUGCCAGCAGGGUGGUCAGCUCCUCUAGCGAGCACACCAUGUGGAACAGACCGUGCCGGCUCAGGUUCAGAUUGUAACCAGAACCACUGCACCUCCCUUGUGCUUUUAAGCUGAGGUAGUUUCUGUUGCCGAGCGUUGGGUUCUGCAGUAUUCGAACACAUACAGGUGUUCUCACCUGGUGUGCAGUGAUGGAGCCAUGUUUCAGUGUUUAUUGGUGCUACAAGUGAUGCUUUUAGUCUUGCUGGUAUUAACGGUACUCGAGGCCACUUGGUGGACUAGGCCUUUAAGUACUGAACAUGCAAGCUUGUAGAGAAAUGCAAUACUUUUUAUUUAGGAAAGUCAGUUCUGCAUGUUGAAUCCAGCUCUUGCUGGAUGUGUUAAGAGAAACUUUGAAUGGAUCUUUGAAUUUUUUUAGGUUCUAAUAAUGUGUUAAUUUAAAAUAUUUUGUAAGGGGAACAUGGUUUAAAAGGCUCAGAUGAAACAAUGUUAAAAGAAGUAUUGACAUUUUAAUAGUAUGGUUGUAACAGGUCCUGUUCUCACCUGUAAUAAUGAGAGGACAGUUGAUUUUAAUCAGUGAACAAAUGUUAAUGUAAAAUGAUGUGUAAAUGUUGAAUCUCUGGGUCUUCUUGUUAUACCACGUUGUUGAAGAGACACUAUUUUUAUACGCAGGCUUACCCGUGUUCACCACUGUAAUACCUGGACUGAGUUAUUAGUGUACAUUUCACUUCUGUCCAGCUGGACAUUAGGUCAGUGUACAUGUGUUGUUUUUGCCAUUUUAUCUUAAUGUCAAACCCACUGAAGUUUUAACUGUUCAUUUCCCCUUGGAGCCUAAACAUUAAACUGCUGAAAACAGUUCAUUUUGUUUGAACUCAUGAAACAAAUUCAGUUUGUCUUCAUUUUGACUCUGAAAGUAUCUGUUUAAUGAAACGCCUUAAUUUAAGGCCCAUUUAACGGCCUUCCUUAGGACCUUCAGCCACAUCUCCUGGUCCUCAUCAGUUGUCUUGGAGAUGUGUGUGAGGACGAUUUUGUCAAACUGUUGUUGUGAACUGUAUUGGUUGGUCCUUAACUUGAAAAAGCUGAGGAUUCGGACUCCAAAAAUGUUUCUCAAAGAUUCUCAGUGGGGCUGAGGUCUGGACACUGGAGGCCAAUCCAUGUGUGAAAAUGAUGUCUCAUGCUCCCUGAACCACUCAUUGACAAUAUGAGCCCCAUGAAUCCUGGCAUUGUCAUCUCGGAACAUGCCCAGGCCAUCAGGGAAGAAAGACCUGGUCUUGCAGUAUAUUCGGGUAGUCAGCUGACCUCAUUCUUUGAGAACAUAACAUUGCUGAACCUGACCAAGCCCAGAUUAUAAUCCUAAUCCCCACAGACUUGUAGGCAUUUGCGAUGAGUGCAUCACUUCAUCUGCCUCUCUUCUUACCCUGGUGCGCCCAUCACUGUGGAACAGGGUAAAUCUGGACUCAUCACUGUACAUGCAUGUAAAUCUACAUCUGAUCUGUAGAUCAAUUAAAUUCCUGUUUGAGAUAGAUGAAAUGUA